GAAUAAUUACGGCAAUAGCAGUUAAGUUUUAUAUUUGCAUUUUCGAAAAACAGUCUGAUGCAAAACAGCAAGCAUUCAAGUUAAAGCGGUUGAUACAAUGAAGUUCGUCCUAUUCUUAGUAUUUUUGGUUUCGGUAUGGGGAUAUGAGAAGCAGAUAUCUCCGUGCCAAUGUGACAAAAGAUAUUUCAAGCAUUAUGAAGUAAAGGGUUGUUCACCAGUCUAUGAAAAAGAUUGCUGCCCAGUUAGAUUUAAAUGUCCACAACCUGAACAAAUUCCAUCAAAUGUUUGUAAGUACAACGGCCAUUUCUAUGAUAUUGGUACGAGAAUUUUGACUUCAAACCCUUGCGAAAUUUGCGAUUGUGAACAAAAUUCUGAGAAUAAAAGAGCUGCUAUAAAUUGCAUUCCUGUUGAAUGCCCUACAACCUUUGGAAAACCACUGAAUCAUAACUGCUACGAAGUAUACGAAAAAGAUAAAUGUUGCUCCACUAGUACAAUAUGCGCAACAGAUGAAGCUAUGAAUCGAACUGAAACUUGUAAGUAUCGUGGUAAAACAUAUUUCUUUGGGCAAAAUAUCUAUUCUGACGAAGAUCCAUGCAAAACAUGUAUUUGUUCAGAAGAGUGGGCGGGAAUCAAUGGCCCCAGUUGUUACAAUUAUGGAUGCAUUCAUUUGGAAGAAGACCUUAAACAGCUCCAAGAAGGGUGUAUUCCAAUAUAUCAUGAGGCCACAUGCUGUCCAAUAGAAAUCUAUUGUGGAAGAGAUUUCGAGCCUACUACAGUUCCAUUAGCCAGCAAUGCAGAUAUUAAAUCUGGGAAGUCAUGUGAAUUCCAAGGAUUUCACUACAAGCUCGGACAAACACUGGAUAUAAAUCAUCCAACGAAUUGCGUGACCUGCACCUGUUCUACCCCACCUGAUUUCACAUGCAUUCAUCGAAUGUGCCCAGGACCUCCGAAUGGCGAUUAUAAAAACUGUUAUCCAUCUUAUUCACCUGCAGAAUGUUGUCCUAUAUAUGAAUGUAGAAAAACAAAUGCUACAUAAAAAUUCAUUUAUUUUUAA